UCACAAUGGCCAGAAUACAUUAUAUCCUACGACUGAGUCUAGUGUUAUGUUUUAUAACGUGUGCUGUAUCUGGACCCAACAGGGAGAGAGAAGCCAAUGCACCACCUCCAACAGACUGCGUGCUGAGCUCCUGGGGCAAAUGGAGUGAAUGCGAUCCCUGCACAAACCUCCGGCAUCGAUCUCGUAGCAUUGAGAAGUUUGGUCAGUAUGGAGGACUUCGCUGUCUGAGUUCAUUGGGAGAAUCUCAGCUCUGCAAACCAAGCAAACCUUGCAAGGAAGCCCGCAUUGACUGUGGAAAUGAUUUUGAGUGUGAAUCAGGUAGAUGUAUAAAGAGAAGAUUAUUGUGUAAUAUCGAUAACGACUGUGGAGAUCAUUCAGACGAGUUAUGCGAAGAUGAUCAAGAACCAAAGUCACCUUGUCGCAGCAUGGACAUCGAGUUGUCAGAAAUAGGAAGGGUUGCAGGAAAUGGUUUGAACAUUUUGGGCAUGAGCUCCAGGAGAAACCCUUUUGACAACGAAUACUUUAACGGUGUUUGCGAAAGAGUUCGGGAUGGUAACACAAAAACAUAUUACCGCAAACCAUGGAAUGUCGCAAAUCUAGUUUAUCAGACUAAGGCUGACAAGUCGUUUACCACCGAGAUCUAUGAAGAUUCUAUUGAACUGCUAACAAAAAUCAUUCAAGAAACGACGCAGGAAUUCCAAGCGUCGUUGUCUCUAAAAGUGACUUCAACAGAAGCGAAUGACACGUCGGUUACUGGAAGUCUGGGAAUAAACACAUCAAGGAAUGAAAGCAUACAGGCUAUCAAACAAUAUGCAAAAACUGGGAAAAAAACAUUUAUUAAAGUAUCAGGAACGUUGCAGUUGGCCAGCUAUCAUAUGAGGACUCGAGGUGUUAUGUUGUCUUCUUCUUUUCUUGAUGAUUUAAAAACUCUUCCGACCACAUACGAAAAAGCAGAAUAUUAUUCAUUUUUGGAGAUGUAUGGAACCCAUUAUGCAUUGUCUGGAAUACUUGGGGGGAAAUAUGAACUGGUAUACGUUCUGGAUUCAACAACUUUAAAAGCAAAAGACAUUACAACCAAAGAUGUGACAGAAUGCCUUGGAUAUGAUCUUGGCCUGAGCGUGGCAAGUGAAGGAAUUGAAGCGAAGGCUCAAAUAAAAAACCCGAAAUGCAGCAAAGUUUUGUCUUAUGAAGAAGGAAACACACUUAAAUCCGGUGUGAUCGAGAACGUAAUAUCUUUCGUCGAGGGAGGAACAUUAAGUACUGCAACAGGUCUCGAUGAAAAGCUUGGCAAGACAAACAAAGACGUCGGUGUGGAGGACUUUGUUAAAUGGGCUUCAUCCAUAGUCGAUUCUCCGGUUCUGAUAAAACAAAAGCCAGCUCCAAUUUACACCCUUAUUCCGCCUGACAUGAAAGAUGCCUAUAUAAAGUCACGGAACUUAGAACGAGCGAUCGAAGAUUAUCUCGAUGAACACAGUGUGUGCAAGUGUCAUCCUUGUCAAAAUGGCGGCACGGCGAUGGUCAUAGAUGGUGAAUGUCUGUGUAAAUGUCCCGAAUAUUUUACCGGAGUGGCGUGCCAGACAGUGAAGUCAGACCUGUACAAAGGGCAACCCAAACCUAUUGAUGGAAACUGGGGUUGCUGGUCUCCUUCGUCAUCAUGCCUUAACGGUGAAAUAACCCUAACACGCCAAUGCAACAAUCCACCUCCGCAAGCAAAUGGUAAAGAUUGCGAUGGCGAAAGAAGAAGAACCGUGCCAUGUUAAGAACAAAGUUUUUUUCUUACCGCCAAUAAAAUUAAAAAAUUGAGAACUGUAGAAAGUUUUAGUUGCCAUAUAUGAAUAAAAAUAAAUGGAUUUUCAGAAAUGUGUUUUGUCUUUUAACCAAAAUGAGCUGGU